AUGAAGAAAAAAGGAAUAAAAACGAAGCGAAUGAAAAAGCUCAUUUUCUCUCGAGCGAAGAAGGCGACGGUAUUUCUGAAAUCGAAUUUGAGAAUGAAUUAUCUGAGAAUGAAGAGAAUGGGACGGAGAGUUUUAAGAUCGAAACGCAUUCGACGGUACGCGAAAGUGGUGAAGAUCUACGCGUGCGAAAGUGGGAAGAAAACGAUCCAAGUGGCGAAGGAGGCAAAGGAGAAAACAGUGAGUUUUGUGAGCAAAAAAACGAGCGAAAUGUGGACGAGUUUAGAUACAGAGUUUUUGUUCAGGUGCGCGACGACGAUUUUGAUUUGCUAUUUGAGUUUGUACGCGAUGAGUCACGCGAGAAGCCGAGAGGAAAAGAGUGGUUUGAAAGCACUCGUGGCGUUCGUUUUGGCCGCGUUUUUAUCGGUGAAGUAUGAAGUCGUUCCGGAGGAAUAUAUCGACGGGGUCGCGAAGGCGUUGAAAAAAGUGCCGACGUACACGGCGUGGACGCGGAAAUACGCGAGAAAGAUGGCGAAAACGUACGUCGAUCCGAAAAUGCUAAAGAAAAUCGAUACGUUCGUCAAAAUGUAUUCGCUAGAGGUGAAAAUUGGCUUGUGCGUGUUGUUUUUCGUCGGAUGGUGGUUUUUGUCUGCGUUCGUCUUUGGAACCGCGAGGACGAAUAAGAAUAAACCGAAUUCUCCCACAAACAACAACAACAACAAAAAGGAGAAGAAGAAACGCGCGAAAGGACCGAUUGAAGUCAACGUGGCGUUAGUGACGGGUGCCUCCGGGAACGUCGGCUCGAAAAUUCUCAGUCAAAUGCGUAAGAAGUACCCGGACUAUAUCGUCUACGGUACGUCGCGAUCCGGGUCGGUGGAUUUCAAAGCCGGCAACGCGUUGCAAUCAAUGUUUGACAUGAUGUCACCAAACUCAAAAAACGUCGCAUCGACGUCUUUAGUGAACGUACCUUUGUGUUGUUCGAAUAUCGACGAAGUCCCGCCGUUGUUGCGAAUGGACGUGACCGAUGACGAUUCGGUGAACGCGGUUCGAGAUGCCAUCGUCGCCAGGCACGGGAAAGGAAGUUUGAGAAUCUUGGUCAACAACGCGGGGAUUAGCGCGGCAUCGUUAGCGAUGAAUACUCCCGUCGAUAUGGCCAAGAAAGUUCUUGAAACGAACUACUUCGGCGUGCUGCGCGUCGUUGCCGCGUUUUACCCGGAAGCUAUUCCGAAACACCAAAACGCAACCAUCGUUAACGUCGGAUCCAUCGCGGGAAGAAUCGGCAUUCCGUACCAAAGCGCGUAUUCGAGCUCAAAAGCCGCCGUAGAAGUGUACACGGACGCCUUGCGAAUGGAAUCCAAAUGUGAUGGCAUUCGCGCGUGCUUAAUUGAACCUGGGGACUUACAACCGGGCAUGGAAUGCGAACAUGCGCCGGAAAUUGAAACCGACGAAGUCGCGAAGAGAGCGGUGAACAUCAUGCGCUCGGACGAGAAGAACGGGUCAAAUCCCAUGAAAGUGGCCUACGCGGUGUGCAAAGCAGCCAGACCGUGGCGAACGCCGGGUGCGAGAAUUUUGGUCGGUCCAGACGCGUGGUUAGUUCAGUUCUGCACGAGCUAUUUGUGGAAGUCUGUGCAAGAGAUGUUUUUAGCCGCGCAUUAUAGAAUACCGCCGAGACACAAUUCGUUGUGGAGAUUUAUCGUUUAG